AUGAGCAAGCUGACAUCUCCUUCUCCCUGCUGCAAUGGCAAUUCAGACCACCCUUACCUUGUCUCCAUUAAAGACCCAGAAGGCCCCAAAACGCUCACUAACCCAUUGAUCUCCAAAAGCACAACGUCCCAACCAGAGCAAGUACAGAAGAAGCUACAACUAAACGCACACCACCAAACACACAAACCCCACCAAAAAUCCCAUUUCUCCUCGGCUCUAAAAGAAGACAAUUCCGUAGCCAGCAUAGCUUUUCCCAUGAUACUCACUGGCCUUUUACUUUACUCCAGGUCAAUGAUCUCCAUGCUCUUCCUCGGCCGUCUCGGCGAGCUCGCUUUAGCCGGCGGGUCCCUUGCCGUCGGCCUUGCUAACAUCACCGGUUACUCGAUUCUCUCUGGCCUUGCCAUGGGAAUGGAACCCAUUUGUGGUCAAGCUUUUGGUGCCAAAAGGCAUACGCUGCUUGGCCUCUCUUUGCAGAGAACAGUACUUCUUCUGAUAUUUACAUCCUUACCAAUUUCUCUUCUGUGGCUAAACAUGAAGAAACUCCUCCUCCUUUGUGGCCACGAUGAAGCAAUUGCCUCUGAAGCUCAACUUUACCUCCUCUGUUCUCUCCCUGACCUUCUUGCUCUGUGUUUACCGCACCCUUUGAGAAUUUACCUCAGAACUCAAUCCAUUACCCUGCCUCUAACAUUUUGUGCCACUCUAGCAAUCAUUCUUCACAUUCCCAUCAAUUACUAG